UUGUUCAAUAUGGCGGACGAAAGAAGGAAAUUCCGGGAAUAUUUUAAACAAUGAUAAUAAUCCGACACUUUUAAUCUUCGUCCAUCACCAUUGCCACGCAGAUAAUGACGGAUAAAGACGAUAAGAAAGGUAACGAGGAAAAUAAUGCUACAGCUGGAAAUGGUUCCCGAAAAAACGCCGAAAAAUGUUGUUUUACAUUUAGACGUAAGAAAAAGGAAGAUCCAGUUACUAAAGCUCGUUGGGGGAAAGCAAUAACCGGUGUUAGGGAGAUCCAGAAGACAGCGGCUGAGAAAGAUACUUUUUUAGAAAGAUUUACUGUCACAGGAAGAUCAUUUUCAGCAGAAAAUGAGGCUGUAGUGUAUACUUUCAAAGACUACUUUACAAAGAAAUUUUGGAAGACAGUUGUUGUAGAUCCAUCAAAUGAGAACUAUUUCUACUGGUCAAUGAUAGUAAUGUUUGCAGUUCUGUAUAACACAUUAUUUAUUGUACUAAGGUGUGUCUUCCCACAGCCACACAAACCAGAACUUCUUCUAUUGUGGUUCGUCCUUGACUAUAUAUGUGAUUUUAUCUACCUUAUAGACAUGUUUAUAAAGUCUAGAAUAGGUUACUUGGAACAAGGAUUGCUUGUCCGGGAUGUGAAGAGGCUUACAACAAGAUAUUUUAAGACUUGGAAGUUUUCUAUAGAUGUACUAAGUAUCUUACCAACAGACGUGGGCUAUAUCUGGAAACCGUACAGCGCAAUUUUUCGUUUUAACCGAAUGCUUAAAAUCUGGAGGUUAAAGGAAUUUUUUCAAAUGGCAGAGACUCAUACAAACUUUCCAAAUUUUAUCCGUGUUUCAAAUCUAGUUCUGUAUAUUAUCAUCAUCAUCCACUGGAAUGGUUGUUGUUACUAUUAUAUCAGUGAACUCAUUGGCUUUGGUUCAGAUGAUUGGGUUUAUCCAGAUCCUGAGAGUGCAGGCUUUGACACUUUCAGUAAACAAUAUUCAUUCAGUUUGUACUGGUCUACCCUUACACUGACAACUAUUGGAGAUACCAUGUGGCCUGUUACUCCUGCAGAAACAUUGUAUUGUUUCACAUGUGCUCUAAUGGGUGUGUUAAUCUUUGCUACAAUUUUUGGUAAUGUCGGAGCCAUGAUAAACAACAUGGAUGCUGCUAGAAAUGAAUUUCAGAACAGAGUAGAUAAUGUUAAAAGAUACAUGGAGCUGAGAGGUAUAGGUGAAGAACUUCAAAACAGAGUUAUUAAAUGGUUUGACUAUACAUGGAAUAAUAAGCAAUCUAUUGAUGAUAAGGAGGCAUUACAAUUUUUACCAGAAAAACUUCGAGCAGAAAUCUCCAUCCAUGUUCACAUGCAAACAUUGAGAAGAGUGGCCAUAUUUCAGGACUGUGAACCAGGUCUACUGGUAGAAUUAGUGUUAAAAUUGAAACUUCAAGUAUACAGUCCAGGUGAUUUCAUAUGUAGAAAAGGGGACAUAGGUAAAGAGAUGUAUAUUAUAAAACGUGGAAAGCUUCAAGUUGUAUCAGAGGAUGGAAAGAUAAUAUUUGUAACCCUCAGUGAUGGGGCAGUAUUUGGUGAGAUAAGUGUAUUAAACAUUGCUGGAAACAAGACAGGUAAUAGACGAACGGCAAGUGUGAAAACUGUUGGCUACUCAGACUUAUUUUGUUUAACAAAAAAUGAUCUCUGGGAGGCUUUAGAAGAAUAUCCAGAGGCAAAAAAGAUGUUGUUAGAAAAAGGUAAACAGUUGUUGAGAAAAGAUAAGUUGCUUGAUGAAGAAGCAGCCAUGCGUGAAGAAAGGCGCCAACAAGCAUUGAGUUCUAAGAUAGAACUUAUAGUAGAUGCUGUUGAUGACAUUCAGAAAGGCAUUGAUAGACUGUAUGAAAAGAUAGAAAAGAUCACACAUCAAGCAAAGUCAAAAGUAAGCUUAACUGGUAUAGAUAUAGUGAGACCAAUGACAUCUGUUGAAGGCCCUGAAAAAAAGUUGUCUGCUGCAAAACUUAGAACAUCUUCCCCCAUCCAGGAGGAAGAGGAAUCUGACUCUACAAAAGACAAGCAAAAGAAAAAAUCUGAUUAGAAUAAAGCAGAGCUAAA